AUGGGUGAAAAUAGAUUGUUGUCAUUACGAGAUUUGGAUGAAUCAUCAUCAGAUGAUGAUGAUCAUGUCAUACUUUGUGCCGCACAAAUCAUUCAAAGUUAUUCUCAAGUGCGUAGACAGCCAGGAGGCUCUGUUCCUGGUCGUGCAUACAUAUAUCGGGAUAGAGAAGCGGGGCACGCGAGAAUGUACCAAGAUUACCUUGCUGAAAAUCCAACUUAUGGCCCGAACUUGUUUCGACGGAGGUUCAGGAUGAAUCGACCACUAUUUCUUCGCAUACUGAAUGCUGUGGAACAACAUGAUGAUUACUUCGAGCAGAAGAGAAAUGCAGCUCAUCAACAUGGACUAAGUUGUUUUCAAAAGGUUACUGCAGUUUUUCGUAUGCUAACUUAUGGAGUAGCAGCUGAUGCCACAGAUGAAUAUGUACGCAUUGGAGAAAGUACUACACUGGAAAGUCUACGAAGGUUUGUUAAAGUUGUAAUAGAAGUUUUUGGAGAUGAGUACUUGAGGUCACCCAAUGAAAAAGAUAUUGAACGGUUACUUGCACUUGGUAAUGAAAGAGGUUUUCCUGGUAUGCUGGAAGGGCCAAAAGUGAACUACAAAAUAAAUAAUCAUGAGUAUACAAUGGGAUAUUACCUUGCAGAUGGCAUUUACCCUUCUUGGGCUACUUUAGUUAAGACCAUACCUGAACCACGAGGUAAUAAGAGGACUUACUUUGCCAAAGCACAAGAAGCGGCACGGAAGGAUGUUGAACGAGCUUUUGGAGUUUUGCAAUCUCGGUUUGCUAUUGUUCGGGGACCGGCACGAUUGUGGGAUGAAGAGACUCUAAAUAAUAUAAUGAUAUCUUGUAUAAUCAUGCAUAACAUGAUUAUUGAAGACGAGAAAAAUGUCGAUCCAAAGGAACGAUUUGAGAAUGGAGGAGAUAAUGUGCAGCCAUCCCAUGAUGUGACAGCAUAUUUUGAUGAAUUUCUUCAUAAUCACAGAAAAAUUAGAAACCAUGAGGCACACUACCAACUUCGUGAAGACCUAGUGGAACAUUUGUGGCAACACCACCCAGAUCUAUAUAGUUAG